AUGGGCUAUCAGGAUCCCAAUACAGAUGUAAAGCCCAUUGGCGGGGAUGCGACGAUGCAGGCAGAUGAUGAUGUUUUAUCCGCAGAAGAUUGCGCUCGGCCGGGCGCGGGUAAUCCGAAUGCGCAGAGUGGCAGCGUAUAUCUUGUUUCUUCUACACAAAUGUCUGUGAUAAACGGGACGUGUGAAAGCCCGUUUUCUGCCGAGGUCGUUGUGCCUCCUCGGGAUCCGGUCCCGCCUGCGGAAGUCUACGUGCAGGAACUCCUGAUAACAAUGGAGCGCCUGCUGCAUCUUGACGACAUUUUUGUAUCCAUAUCCAAGACGCGCGACGUGGUGCAGCCCUUUACGCACGGCGUAGCUGUUUUUGAGGUUCCGUGGUUUGCCACAAUGCAUGGUUGCGCCUUACGCGCUAUGACGGUCGCGAGGGGGCGACUUCCACAGUUACGCGAGGAACACGCCUCUCUGUCUGGCGGAGAUGCCGAAAUCGACGUUCGACACGCGCGGGAGUUGUUCGUGCAGCGCCUAGGUGGCAUAACGAACAGUGCCCUGCAAAGUUAUUGCUCUAGGUUGUUUCCCUACCGGAGGUCUUCUUCUUUCGAACUGAGUAAAACCUUUGACCAGUUGAGGGAACGAUUGACGCAAACUUUUCUGGCGACGCUGAGCGAGUGUCCGCAGCGGGCCUCCGUGUCGUGGGUGGAGGAGCUGGAAGGCCUUCUUCUGCACGACUUUGGGUGGUGGAUUUCACUCUUUUUCCCAUGCUUUAGGUACGCAAUUUCCUCCGGGUCGCAGAUGCAGUUGCUUUGGCAGUGGACCGCCACCGCCCCCAGGGACGAGGUGGCGUUUCAGGUGUACACCACCGCCACCCGGAAAAACCUGCGGUGCGAGGACAGCCACGCGGGGCGAGUUGCACUCUUCCCUUUGAAGUGGAUGGAUGAGCUCUUCGACUGGCUCUGUAGCAGCGAGGCGGAGGCCAAAGAGCCGCCCGGUCCCUUUGACACCUUCCAACUGGCGGAGUUGUCGCCGGCUCACCCGGGGCAGCAUGUAGUGCGAGCGGAUAAUCCAAAGUUGGGGGUCGUCCCUGAGGAGCUCUUUGAGCUGUUCUGGAGACUCUUCGGAGGCGGCCCAAAAUACCUGGUGAAGGGGAAGCUUAUAAAGUGGAAGAAAAUUAAGGAGCGCUUCUCGCGCUUGAAACCCCGGCGUGUGGCGCUCGCAUUUAAGUUUGAAGGGUUGAGCUCUCAGGAGGUGCUCUUGGAGGACGUUCUGCACCGCGCCGAAGUCUCGGAGGUGAUGCGGCGAGCCAUGCAGAAGCUGCAGGACCACCAGCACUCCGAGACGGAGGGGGUAGACGCAAAGAAGUGGUACGCCGCGUUGUGUUCUGAUACCGGUGUAGAUAUCUUCGUUACACAUGUUCGGGGUGAGCUGCUGCAGACGCAGCGGUUCUUCCCUAACCCGUGUGCCGUGACUGUUGGAGAUGUGUUGGGGCAACUUUCACCCGCUUCCUCCACGGGAAAGAACUCAGGGGCGCCAGAGCUGCAGUUGCUACUCCGCUUGCAGCAUGAUAUAGACGAAGCAACUUUGAGGGAGUGUGGUGUCUGCGGUCUGCGAAACAUUGGCAACACUUGUUACAUGAACAGCGCGUUGCAGUGUCUCUCCAAUAUGGGGGCUGUGCGGCGUGCAAUUUUGUCGCUCCCUCUCUCGGAGUCCGUGAAUCCUCUCGUCACGCGAGAGAUGGUGUGCCUUCUACGUCAGAUGUGGUCUGGCAUGCAAGGUUUGGCUGACACGCGCAACCUGAAGACGGCGAUUGGACGCGCAGUAAGCCGCUUUGAUUCGUACGAGCAGCAGGAUGCCAUGGAGUUUAUUGAGACCCUCCUUGACUGCAUGCGUGAAGAGAUGAAUACGGGCACAGACGAGUGUUGCCGGGAGGUGCGGGACUCCGACGUGCCGAGUUCUGCGCCGCAGCAGUCGGAAAUCUCCCGGAAGGAUUUUAACAACAACUGCGGCUUCGUUCCACGCCUCUUCUUUUUUCAGACUAGCACGCGUUUGGAGUGUCUGACGUGCGGAGCUGAGACUGUGAUAUUUGAGGACAACCUCUCUCUCGCUGCAACCGUGGCGUCGGUGACUAAGCGCAGGACGGAGGUGAUCGUUCUGCUGCCGACGGGGAAGCGAGUGCGGCUGCUGCUGCAGAGCCUGUGCGGCAGGGACGGUGCCGUUUACCCCGCCGACGUCGCACGCGAGCUGACGGGGCUGCUUCGCGCCGACGAUUUCGUUGCUGCGGCGACCCGCGUUGAGACUGCCGCGCCGCCCGCUGUCGCUGCGACCGCCGAGGGCAACGUGGACGGAAACGCCGCCCGCGACGCCGGCACCGCGGACGACGGCGCCGGAGAGGGCAGGUCCGGGCUGGACGGCCACAAGGUCAUUAUUUACGGCGACACGGGCAAGCCACUGCGGGCGAACAAUGAGGUGCUUUGCGCCGCUGUCGUCCCUGCAGCGGCGGCCCCCGGCCAAAGGAGCGGGGAGGCAGCAGAGGAAGAGGCACCAGAGAACGACGGGAGUGAUGUAAAGGAGGAGGAGGAGGGUGAAGUUUACAUCUGGUACUUUAUUCGGGCACGAGGAGCUCCGCGUUCUGCGCUGGGGGAGCUAUGCGACGUGGAGCGGGUCCCUGCGAAGGUGUGUUCCACAUUUUCCGACUUUGUGAAGCACAUUAUGGCGCGGCGAGAGUAUCUGGAAGGGCGUUACUUGAAGGAGAAAGCCACCGCCGGGGUUGAGGUGGCGGGGGCGGCGCUGGACCCGCCCAGAGUGCAGACCCGUGGACGGUGGUGA